UUCUCAAGUGGCACUUUCUCGAUUUAGAUGAGAUUGAUUAAUGUGUGAUUUGUGGACAGACAUUGAUUUGAGGCGACCCAGCAGUCAAAGGAUGAAAUUUCUGUCAAUAUCCCUACUAUUUAUAGCUUUGCAGGAAGUAAUUGUCGCAACUCCUGACAUAAAUGGAGAUCCUAGCUUUAGUGCACCGAUUGCAAACAUCACAGUUCCUGUCGGACGAGAGGCAGUAAUGACGUGUAUCGUUCACGAUUUGGUUUCUUUCAAGGUUGCCUUCUUGCGCGUUGAUACGCAAACCAUCCUCACCAUUCAGUCCACGGUGAUCACGAAGAACCACCGCAUCGGUAUCACGCACACGGAGAACAGGAUCUGGCAGUUGAGGAUUAAGGAUGUGCGGGAGUCGGACAGAGGCUGGUACAUGUGCCAAAUAAACACAGACCCGAUGAAGAGCCAAGUUGGAUAUUUGGAUGUUGUGGUUCCCCCGGACAUUCUGGACUACCCGACGAGCCAGGACAUGAUCGUGAGGGAAGGCUACAAUGUCAGUCUCAACUGUGCGGCCGUGGGAUCUCCAGAGCCGAUGAUCACGUGGCGUCGCGAACGAGGAAAACCCCUUUUGUCCGUUGGCAGCAGAGAGAUCUUCAGCGCCGAAGGACCGUCACUCAUGAUUCCCCGUGUCAAUCGUCAUCACAUGGGAGCUUAUCUGUGCAUUGCCUCAAACGGAAUUCCGCCAACGGUGAGCAAGCGGAUAAUGGUCAUUGUCAAUUUUCCGCCGACAAUUUGGGUGAGACAUCAGAGCUUUUCUGUCGCCAUCGGCCAAAAAAUCACGCUCGAGUGCAUAACAGAGAGUCACCCCAAUUCGGUGAAUUAUUGGCUCCGCGGCAAAGGAGAUAUUGUGCAAGGCGGAAGUUACGAACAAUUGAUGCUUGAAAACGUCUACAAAGUGAUCAUGAAGCUCGUCAUUCGUCCGGUUAAAGCAACAGACUUUGGCAUUUAUAAGUGCAUAGCAAAAAACUCCUUGGGUGAAUCUGAAGAAAUAAUUUCAGUUCAUCAUAAAUCAAAACCCGUUGACUUGUUGGCCUAUCAUCAGCCAAAUCACCUGAGCGCAUCCUUUGCCAACAGCUCAGCCACAUUUCGCAAUACAGACUGGAAUCUGCAGCCCUUCUCCCACUCCAGCGCCCUGUCCAUCGUCCCGGAGUGCAUUCUGGUGCUUUGGGGAGUCGUCGUGGCGUCGUGAAGGUGGAGAAAUUCCUGUUUUCAAUAGCGCUGCUCAUGUAAAUAUCCUUAAGCUGAAGAGGAAAUUAUAGACGAAAACAGCAAUAGCGAAAUGGGUGGAGCAUUAGAAGCAAAAUUAAGCAUUGUUUGUAUCUAGAAAGGUAGUGAAUUAUCUGGAAAUUUCCGUAUAGAGCGUAAGAUGUACGAUAGAGUUAAGAGUAACAAUAAAAUUUGA